UGCAUAUUCUAGACGUCAUUCAUCAAAAUUUCAAAAUACUUACAGUAUCGCUAUCAUUUUCUCCCCGCAAAUAACAUUACUUGUUUCAAUUUAAAACAGCAGAAUGUUCAAAAAAUCGAAUAAACUCUCACCGCAACCCGUUCCUCCCUCGGUCGAGCAAAUAAUGGAAGACUUGGAAACGUUCUGCGUGGAACAUAAGCCAUUAGAGAAAAUACGCUCCUUCGACACCAGCAACGCAGAAGAGCCCGAUAUCGAGGAUUGGUGGAAGGUGUUCGAAACCUACCUGGAAGAUCACGAUCAGUUUCACAACAUGAAAAUCGACAUCGAGAAUCUGAAGAAGAAACUUCUGGCCACGCAAAAUGAACUGCAGGAAGCAAGAGACAACAUUCAGCGACAGAUUGACGAAGAUCUGGAGAAAAUUAGACUUACUAUUAAAAGCUGAAAUCUGUAGUAGUAGUAGGAAGGCUGUUUCGGAUUAAAUUAAUUUGUGUACAGUUGAAUUGUU